CAUCGGAGUUAUUUGUACCCUAUAUACCAUAGAUCAACUUCAUUUCUACACAAAAUGUCAGACGACGAACUACAAAGAAAACGACCCCGUGUCUCAGACGACGAGCAGGAUGAACCUGAAGAUGUGGAAGAUGUAGAAAACGCCGAAGACGAUGGUAGCGAAACUUCGACGGACCAGCCAAAGAGAAAGUCUGCGCGAACUGUGGCUAAGAAAAAGUACUCGUCUGACGAGGAGGAAGAGGAGGAAGACGAGGACGAGGAAGAGGAAGAAGACGAAGAAGAAGAAGAUACCGACGAAUUCGACGAAGCCGAUGAAGAAGAGUUCGAGGACGAUGAUUGAGUAAUAUAAUUGUAAUUCAUUGUGUAAUCUAUCCCUUAACCUUCAAUAUACUCACCAACAA